AUGGGCAAGACCAUUCCCAGGUUCCUGGAGCACCUGGACCUCAUCAAAAGCUUCGUGGGCUUGGCUACAGGCGCCGGGGCCUUAUACCUGCUGUACAAGGCCGUCAGGACUGGCUUAAAAUGUCAUCCACCACUCUGCUCCAACUCACCGAUCUGUAUUGCCCGUGAGUGUCCAGUCCCUGGGGAGAGGGCUCUGCCCCAGGAAGCCUCCCUAAGGCCUCCCCUGGGGGCCUCUACUUGUACUACGGACGACAUCGACUUGGUGGCCGAAAUGCUAGAUGAGAAGGACAACAGUGUAAAAAUCCAAGCUCUGAAUGCACUCAAAGCUUUCUCUGGCAUCAGGAAGUUCAGGCUCAAAAUCCAGGAGCAUUGCAUCAAGGUACUGGAACUGAUUUCCACCAUCUGGGACUUAGAACUGCACAUAGCUGGUCUCCGAUUGCUCAACAACCUCCCGCUACCUGACUAUGUGCACCCACAGCUGCGGCGGGUGAUGCCCGCCCUGAUGGAGAUCAUACAGUCAGACUGCAUUCUGGCACAGGUACAAGCUGUCCGCCUCCUGAGUUACCUAGCACAGAAGAACGACCUUCUCUAUGACAUUCUCAACUGUCAGGUGCGUUGCAACUUCCUGAACCUCUUCCAGUCUACACAGCCCGGCAGUCUGCUGUUUGAGGUGCUGGUGUUUGCGGAGCACUUGAGUGAAGGUCGGAACGCCACUCAUUACCGAGCGGUCAAAUGGCAUUACAACGAGCAAUCCCUGCACGAAGCCCUCUUUGGGGAUGAGUCCAGACUGGCAGACCGACUGCUCUCCCUGGUCAUCCACCCUGAGGAGGAAGUUCAGAUCCAGGCCUGCAAAGUCAUAGUGAGCUUGCAGUGUCCCCAGGACCUGGGAUCCCGACCCUCUUCCUGCCGACCUAGCCAUUCCUGCUUUAAAACCGGGAAGUGA